CUGAAUUCACCGUAACACGACGAUACAAAUCGCAUAAACACACAUACGGUGAUCAGCAAUGUUGCUUUAAACGCCCCUGCGGCGGAUUUACCCGAAUACAGCCGUUAAUUCUUCAUAUUUAUUUAAUUUAACGGUUGACUGACAGAACCGAGUCAGGGGUGCCGGUACCGGACCGUUUCUCCGUUAAAAUGCCGAGCAAAAAGAAGAAAUAUAACGCCAGAUUCCCUCCGGCCAGAAUUAAGAAGAUUAUGCAGACAGAUGAAGAAAUCGGUAAAGUCGCUGCUGCAGUUCCUGUCAUCAUCUCGCGGGCACUGGAGCUCUUCCUGGAGUCUCUCCUGACGAAGGCCUGUCACGUCACCCAAUCGCGCAACGCCAAAACCAUGACAACAUCACACUUAAAGCAAUGCAUUGAACUGGAGCAGCAGUUUGAUUUCCUGAAGGAUCUGGUCGCCGCGGUGCCUGACAUGCAGGGUGACGGCGAGGAGAACCACACAGAGGGCGGCGAGAAAAUCCCACGCAGAGGUCGUAAGCCAGGUUCGGGGCGCAAGAACGGCGGCGUGGGAGCAAAGGGCAAAGACAAGAAACUCUCAGGCACUGAGUCAGAACAAGAGGAUGAUUCGGAGGACAGUGAGACCGAUGGAGAAGACGAUGAGGACAUGUCUCAAUCCAGCACAAACACGCAGCCUGCUGCAUACUACCACAGUCAAGACGUGCCACCCCAGUACAUGCCCACAAUAACGCAGCAGGGCGGCGGUCACGUGAUGCCCAUGGCUUCAUUCGCCCCGCACCCGUCACUGAUGGGAAUGACCCCGCCUCCCCCCGCGCCCAUGCCGCAGAAGAACGAAGACGAUGAUGAAGACUACGACUCUUAGCUCCCCGACUCUUUUUACAUUCAUUUUUCUAAAGUUCUUCUUUGGCUGCGAAACGUAAAACGGACAAACGAACAGUCGUAGAGAAGUUUGUAGAAAUCACGCAGCCACGUCUCAGGACGAUGAAUAGGUUCUGUACUAACUGUUUUAAGUUUUUUUUUUUUUUUUUUUUUUUUUUUAAUCUUAUUUUAUUGUCAAUGAUCAGUUACGGUUGUUUUACGUAAACGGGAAAGUCAGCGUUUUGUUUUUUGGAAAAGAACCUCAGAAGCAAGAACAUAAUUUUGUGUAGAUUGAUCCCUGUACAUUUCUGCACUUUCGCUUGUUUCUAAUCGCCCACGUCAUGUCGUCAAUGUUUUUUUAAGAGCAUGUCAUAUACUCUCAUACAAAAAAAAAAAAAAAAAGCUAACCUGAAAAGCUAGGAAAUGAUGAGUCCAUUUAUUUACUUUCAUUUUAGCAGAAAAUGCUUCGGUCGGGUCGCUGUCGCUGUUGGUAGAUUUUCGAAUUGUUUUGUGAGCGAAAGGGAACAGCAUAUGGUUUCGUUAUUUUCAUUCUGUGCGUUUAUUUUUCUGGUUUUGUCCUUUUUAAUGCUAGUUUUAUAUGAUUAAAGUCUGCUGGACUCCAGAAAACCUGUCUAAAGCUAACGUCUCUUGAUCGGCACUUUCAAGCAGUUUUUACAACUCUAGUUUCAAUCUAUCAGUGUUUUAUUUUUCACUCUUCUGCUAAUUGGAUGAAAGCGUUUUGAUUUAUUGGACGUAACGGCGAGUCAUACUGCUGUGUCAUGGGUGAACAUUUUAAAGUUUGCAAACACUUUGUUUUGAGUCAUCGUUUCCCCUGUAUGAUGCACAUUUGUUUAAAUGAUUUCCCUUUUGUUUGAUAUGUUUUAGACUCUUUUAAUGUUCUACAUGUGCACACUGAGUCUGCCUGUUCACUUUUAAUCUUCUCUUCAUUUUGUAUGAGUGAAAUAAAAUUUGAGGCUUUAGUA